GCCGGGCGCGGCGCGGGGCCGUGCGGGCCGGCGGUGCGGGAUGGAGCGGCGCGGCGCGGGGCUGGCGGCGCUGGGCGCGCUGGGCCGGCGGCUGCUGUGGGCGCUGCCCGCCUACGCCGCGGGGCUGCUGGGGCUGGGCGCGGGCGCGCUGCUGCUGGCCCUGGCGCUCUACGCGGGCUGGCGGCGGCGGCGGCGCGCCCGGGAGCGCGGGAUGCGGCUGGCCGCCCGCCUGCAGCACGACGAGGAGGCGGCCGUGCGCGCCGCCGCCGCGGGGCUGGGCGCGGCCCGCGGGGAGCUGCCGGCCUGGGUGAGCUUCCCGGAUGUGGAGAGGGCGGAAUGGCUGAACAAGGUCCUGGCCCAGGCCUGGCCCUUCUUCGGGCAGUACAUGGAGAAGCUGCUGGUGGAGAACAUCGCUCCGUCCAUCCGGGCCUCCAACACCCACCUCCAGACCUUCACCUUCACCAAGGUGGACAUGGGCGAGAAGCCUCUCCGGGUCCUGGGGGUCAGGGCUCACCCUGGCGCCCACAAGAAGCAGAUCCUGCUCGACCUCAACAUCAGCUACGUGGGUGACGUCCAGAUCGACGUGGAGGUGAAGAAGUUCUUCUGCAAGGCGGGGGUGAAGGGCAUGCAGCUCCACGGGAUGCUGCGGAUCAUCCUGGAGCCCCUCCUUGGGGACGUCCCCAUCGUGGGGGCCCUCACCAUGUUCUUCAUCCGGCGCCCGACGCUGGACAUCAACUGGACAGGGAUGACCAACCUGCUGGACAUCCCGGGGCUCAGCUCCAUGUCGGACACGAUGAUCAUGGACGCCAUCUCCUCCUACCUCGUCCUGCCCAACCGCCUCCUGGUCCCGCUGGUGCCCAACCUGCAUGAGGCCGCCCAGCUCCGCUGCCCCCUGCCCCGGGGCGUGGUGCGGGUGCACCUCCGGGGUGCCCGGGACCUGCGGUCGAAGGACCGGUUCAUGGGGGGGCUGGUGGAGGGCAAGUCGGACCCCUACGCUGUCCUGCGCGUCGGCACCCAGGUCGUCACCAGCCGCGUCAUCGACGACAAUCUCAACCCCACCUGGAAUGAGGUCUAUGAGUUCAUCGUGCACGAGGUGCCAGGGCAGGAGGUGGAGGUGGAGCUGUUCGACAAAGACCCCGACCAGGACGACCUCCUGGGCAGGAUGAAGCUGGAUUUUGGGGAGGUGCUGAAGGCCCGGGUGCUGGAGGAGUGGUUCCCGCUGCAGGAGGGGGGCCAGGGGCGGCUCCACCUGCGCCUGGAGUGGCUCUCGCUCAUGUCCGACACCUCCAAACUGGAGCAGGUUUUGGAGAGGAACCGGGCGAUUGUGACCAAACCCGAUCCCCCAUCAGCCGCCAUCCUGGUCGUGUACCUGGACCGGGCUGAGGAGCUGCCCGUGAGUGGGGGUCUGGGGGGGGUGGGGGGGGCCAGGGUUCCCUGCUCUGUGGGGUCAGAGCUGUGUGGGACCCCCCCCAUUUCUGUGCAGAUGAAGAAGACAGGCAAGGAGCCCAACCCCAUGGUGCAGGUCUCAGUGCAGGAUGUCACACGGGAGAGCAAGGUGGUCUAUAACACGACUGCUCCUGUCUGGGAAGAUGCUUUCCGCUUCUUCCUGCACGACCCUGUGAACCAGGACGUGGACAUCCAGGUGAAGGACGACCCCCGCCAGAGCACCCUGGGCUCCCUCUCGCUGCCCCUCGCCCGCCUGCUCGACGCCCCGGAGCUGACGCUGGACCAGCCCUUCCAGCUCCAGCACUCGGGGCCCGGCAGCCGCCUCUACAUGAAGCUGGUUCUGCGGGUGCUCUAUCUCGACGCCCCCGAGAACAGUGGCCCCACCCCUCCCCCCCCAGGGCAGCCGGACCCCCCGGCCAGCGCCGGCAGCACCCACCGGCCCACCCACGCCAGCCCCGACCACCGGUUCGGCACCGAGCAAGUGCUGCGGAUCCACCUCCUGGAGGCCGAGAACCUGAUCGCCAAAGACAACUUCUUCAAGGGGGUGGUGCGGGGCCGCUCCGACCCCUACGCCAAGGUGCGGGUGGCCGGGAGGGUCUUCCGCAGCCGCGUCAUCAAGGAGGACCUCAACCCCCGCUGGAACGAGGUCUACGAGGUGAUUGUGGACAACGUCCCGGGGCAGGACGUGGAGUUUGACCUCUUCGACAAGGACAUCGACAAGGACGACUUCCUGGGCCGGUGCAAGGUGCCACUGAGGCAGGUGCUGGGCAACCGCAUCGUGGAUGAGUGGCUGCCCCUGGAGGAGGUGAAGUCGGGGCGGCUGCACGUGCGGCUGGAGACCCUGGCCCCCAGCCCCAGCGCUGCCCUCCUUGAGCAGGUCCUGCACACCAACAGCCUCCUGCAGCCCGCCCGGGGCGAGGAGCUCUCGGCCGCUCUCCUCUCCGUCUUCGUGGACCGAGCUGCCGACCUCCCGCUCCGGAAGGGCUCCAAGCCACCCGCCGCCUUCGCCAGCCUGGCCGUGCGCGACGUCUCCGUCAAGACCAAGACCUGCACCCCGACUGCUGAGCCUGUGUGGGACGAAGGCUUCUCCUUCCUCAUCAAGCGGCCCCACGUGGAGUCACUGGAGCUGCAGGUGAAGGAGGAGGGGGGGCAGCUCCUCGGCACCCUCAGCCUGCCCCUGACCCAGCUCCUGGCCUCGGAGGGGCUGGUGCUGGACGGCUGGUUCCUGCUGGCCCGGGGGGGCCCCGGCACCCAGGUCCUGCUGCGGGUGCAGCUGGGGGUCCUGGUGUCGCAGCAGGCGGAGAUGGGGGCCAGCAGCGUGUCCCCAGAUGGGGGGGAUGCUGCCCCCCAGCCCGCGGAGGCAGAUGAGGAGGAGAGCGGGGCCGGGGGGCUGCGCCAGCGCCUGCUCCCAGCUGACAGCCCCCCGGAGCCGGCGGAGGGUCCCCUGGGCCGGCUGCAGCUCUCGCUCUGGUACCACGGGGACGAGCGCAAGCUGGUGGCCAUCGUCCACGCCUGCAGGAAGCUGAAGCCGGUGUCGAAGGAGCUGCCCGACCCCUACGUGUCCCUGGUGCUGCUGCCUGACCGCAGCCGCGGCACCAAGAGGAAGACCAGCGUGCAGAAGAAGACCCUCAACCCUGACUUCAAUGAGAGGUUUGAGUGGGACAUGUCCCUCGAGGAAGCCUCGCGGCGCAAGCUGGAAGCUCAUGUCAAAUCCACCCUGUCCUUCAUGUCGCGGGAAAAGGAGGUGCUGGGGAAGCUUCAUCUGGACCUGGCGCAGGUGGAUCUGUCCAAGGGGGGACCCCACUGGUACGACCUGCGGGAGGAGCGGAGCAGCCCCUAGAGCUGGGCCCCCCCGGGCCCCCAUUUCAUGCUGUGCCUGGGGCAGUGUGAAGGGAGGGGGGGGAGUGAGCCCCCCCACUACUCCUGCUGCCCCCCCACCGCCCCCCGCCUCGCCACUGACCAAAGACACACCAGGUGGGGGCCAGGCUCGGCCCCCCCCUGCGCCCCCCCAGACUGUUACAUACCUCGUGCCUUUCACCCCCCGAGGAGCCUCUGGGCGUGGGGGGGCCCGGCCUGGGGUCGUGCCCCCCGGGUCCCCCCCCCGGGGAGACGCUUUUGUUAGAGCCGCCGCCGCCACCGCCGUGCCACCGCCGCGCCGACCCCCUCGCUGCCUUCCUGGGGCUGCGGCCCUGUGUCCCCCCCCCCACUAAUAAAGGAGGGAGGAGACAGCA